UACCCAAUAAAGCAACACAGACUGAGAUUACUCAUUAUAAAUGGUCUCUUCCUGUCUUAUUGGGUCAAAAUAAACUGUGUGCACUGUAGCAGAGUUGUUUAGCCAAAGGUCUGACUAUACGUUGACUAUGACAUUGCACAUCUGUAAUUGGUGUCAUGAGGAACACAUGAUGUGUAUGAGUGAAUGAGGUAAGGAAGCUCUAUGAAGGAUGGUGUGGAGUCUGAUAUAUUAAAAACAUUGGCUGAUAUGCAGCAGGUUAAUUCGUUACUGUUCAGCUACAGUUACAGGAGGAGAAACCCUGGACGCUUCACACCGGAUUCACUCAUGGAUCUCACCCUAGACUUACCCUGCAGAUGUCCUCGCUGUGGUGAGGGCAUCUUCAAGAUGAACAGCAACUGGAAGACCACCAAGGUGCUGGGAUUGCUGAUGUUAGCAAACUUCCUCAUCUACUUCGUGGUGGAAGUGUCCAGAAGCUAUGGGCAGGGGCAAGACAUCUACAAUCGACGGAAACUGACGCCCAAAAAGUUCUGGAAGAAGCCAGAGUUCAGUCCAGCGUUCUGGAAUCGCGAGCAGGAGCGUCUCGAUGAUAUCUACUACCUGCCGCUUGCAAAUGGCAGUGAGGCCCCGCAUGACUUUAGGGGAAUCCCACGUUGGCUGAAUCGCACGAGUCCCUGCGAGCCGGACAGCAGGGUGACCACAGAGAUUGAAGACUUUAAGUCCCUACCACAGCGAUUCCAGGACUUCUUGUUGUACAUGGUAUGUAGGUCGUACCCUUUGAUAACUGACGCACCCAACUUGUGUUCUGAACCGCCGUACCUCUUGCUUGCAGUAAAGUCCAUUGCACCGCAUUUUGACCGACGGCAGGCCAUCCGGGAAUCAUGGGGUCGCGCUGGGAUUCUCGACGGCCAGAGGAUUGCGACAGUAUUCCUACUUGGCAACACGGCAGCGACGGACCACUUCCCGGACUUGUCGGACAUGGUCAAACACGAAGCGGCGUUGUACGGCGAUGUCCUGCAGUGGGAUUAUCGAGACACGUUCUUUAAUCUCACCUUAAAGGAAGUCCUCUUUCUGGAGUGGUUUGGGACCCAUUGCGCUUCCGCCAAGUAUGUGUUCAAAUGCGACGAUGACAUUUUCGUCAAUACACGGCAUAUGCUGGCUUACCUAGGCAACUUUUCGGUGUCCAAGACACAGGACCUUUUCAUUGGCGAUGUGAUCACUAAUGCCGGACCACACCGGACCAAACACCUCAAGUAUUACAUCCCUGAGAGCGUGUUUCGUGGCGUUUACCCUCCAUACGCAGGAGGCGGAGGCUUCCUGUAUUCGGGUAAUCUGGGGCUGCGGUUAAGAAUGAUCUCCCGUCUGGUCACGUUGUAUCCGAUUGACGACGUGUUUACAGGGAUGUGUCUGAAGAGACUAGGACUAGUACCGGAGAAACACAUGGGCUUUAAGACCUUUGACAUUGAGGAGAAGCACAGAGAGAAUCCUUGUGCUUACAAAAGUCUGAUUCUGGUCCAUCCCAGGAGCCCACAGGACAUGAUAAAGAUCUGGUCUUGGAUUAAUGACCCUAAAGCGAAAUGUUACAUGAAAACUACACUGGACAUGAAGGGCGCAAUGCGAAGCAGCAAAAGCAAAUAGAACGCAACGAUUGUAAACCGAUGCCCUCUUAACAAAAAUGCGUUAAGAAAGUUUUCAUUUCAUGUUCUUCACUUUGUAAGAACUUGAGUCAGACCUGCAUUAAACCUCUCAGAGGGAUUGUGCUGCAUUUACACCGUUUUUGCCUUUGUUUACUCAAAAUGAGUGAAAUAUGAUGCACUACGAUACAUAAAGAAAUCAGGGUGUAUUUUCAUAUCAAGAAAGAGCAAAAUUGAUGUGUUUAUUUUGCGUAUUUUUAUGUUGUUGUUUUAAUUUAUGCCUGCAUUUGUGUGUGGAAAAGUAUAGCUGAGCUGUUUGACCACUUGCAUUAAACCUCUGUGUUCUCAGGAAGCUUCUGUUUGAUUGUUCUCCGACUACACUAUCAACACAAGGAUAAUAAUAGCUGUUUUAUUGCUUAAUUUGUCUACUGUUUGUGCAAGUGAGCUGUGACCACUGCACCAUUGUGUUAGGGCAACAUACUGUAGGACACUUACAACACACAGUGAACUAAACGAGUCUCCGAAGUUCAAAGACAAAAUCCAGAUCCCAUUACUGUAUAAUUCUUCCAUAGGGAAGACGAGCACAAAGGAUGAGAUUU